AUCAAUACCUACUCAUCGGGGGGGAUUGUGUUCUUGUAGUGACGUCGACAGGUUCAUUGUCCAUUUGACAGGACUUGUAGAUAUAUGGCUGUUGUGUGAACGAAACAGAAGAAGAAAUAUCUCAUCACGAAUUAUCAACAAGGCUCCAAAUCCAAUUUCCUGGUGAGGGUGACAGUUAAUUAAAGGUCGCCCAGGAACUUUGGGGAAUCGGAAUUUUCUUGUUAUUGUUCAACAUCGCAUAACUUUCUUUUUAAUUUUGAUUGUGUUGUGAGAACCGAACGGGCGUGUUUGAAAAUAAAGUGGUCACAUUCUUUUAGUGCUAGGUGUGUUUUGAAAUAUACGCAUUGUUCAGCGCACAGCGUGAGAUUUGGGCUUUUAGAGCCACGCUGAGCUUUGGUUUCUGCUGACAUUUGUUUGUCUUGUGAUCUUGUGUAGGAACUGGGAAAAUACCGCGCUUGUGUGAGUGUGUGUCCAGUGGAUUAACUAAAAUACGCAAACAUCGUUGGAAUUGCUCAAAAGUAUGGAUGUAGCUGAUGGACGCGAGGGUGAUGAUAUUGAUAUGGCUAAAGGAGCUUUUAAUAAGGAAAUGGAGGACAGCGGUGAAGAAAGCUCGGAUAUUUGGUGCCUUCGUAAGGAAUACAAAGAUGCUUCCAUUGCUCUGAGGGAUAGAAAGAUCGAUCAUGUGAUUGAGAGAUCAUCAAGCUCGCCAGUCGAGGAAACUUCAAGUAUGAGAACGAGAGGGGAAGAAACCGUCCGUCGUCGACGACCCGGAUUAGUUUAUCGUAAUACGGAUCCUUGCCCGAUGAGAGAAUUUGUCAGGAACAACUUAAAUAAGGAGACGAACAUUUCGAAUAUGGGAAAAAUGGAAGAAGAUAUCAAUAAAAUAAAUCCUGUGACAAUCUCUGAGGAUGACGGGGAUGAAGAUCUGAAGAAGAACGUCUCCAGCGAUGAACAUUUUCUUAUUUCAUCUUAUGAUCUCGCUAAACGAAGACUCAGUCUGCCAAUUCCAACAGUGUCAAUUGCUGAACAGGCCUGGAAUGACGAUAAUUCGUUGUUUGAAGAAUCAGAUGAGACGGAUAACGUCAGUUUGGAAACUCCAGUCAAGAGUACACAACGUCUUUCUUGUACAAAGCAACUUCGCCAUUCACCGAACAUGAAUCAAAGACGACGGCAGAGCGCCUGGGCACGAACGCCUUCAAUAAAUACCGAAAUAAACAAGUCGAUAUCUCUGAGCAAACGACGAAUGAGCGAGCUUCCAGCCUUGUCAACUUUGGCAACACGGCGUAGGAAUCUUCCCCACACACUGUCUCUGCCGUUGGGAUUACGACGUAGCAACCGAAGAACAUCCAGAGGUGGAAACGCUUCAGAUUAUCAGAGCCUAAACAACUCGUGUUUGAAGGCGAAAAACGAAAUGCUGGCCACUUUGUCGCUGUCUGCAUGGUCUGAAAAUGUCUCGAUAAAACACAGCGAGAUUUCUCGACGAAAGAGCGUUUACACUGGAUUUGGAAUUAUGGCAUUGAAAAAGAAAGAAGAAAAAAGAUUAAUGGUUGCUCGUGAAAUUCUUCAGACUGAAAAGAAUUACAUCACAGCGCUGGAAACAUUACAUGAGGUGUUUGCAGAGCCGUUGAAGAGCUCUUGUGUCAUCCCAGAAAAGGACAUUAAAACUAUGUUUCCGAAGCAAUUACUCGCGAUGAAACACGGUCAUGAGAGAUUCAUGAACGAGUUGGACGAAAGACUGAACAACUGGAAAUGGCAGGGGGUGUUGGGGGAUAUUUUUGCCAAGCUGGGAAAUUCAUAUCACGUUGAUUUUAUGACUCUUUACUCCGAGUACGUGAAUAAUUUCCCCAAAGCUAUUGCAGUGAUCAACAAGUACACGAGAAACUCGCAAAAAUUCAAAAGAUUUCUCGAGAAAUGCACCAACGAUCCAAGAUGUCAGCGGCUAAACAUCUCAGCCUUCCUCCUGACUCCCAUUCAACGCUUACCCAGAUACGUGCUGCUACUGCGGCAAUUGGCCAAAUACACUGACCCGAACCAUCCGGAUAGCUUUCAUAUUGAGAUCUCCCUGGAGAAGAUGAUCCACAUUAUCAAUAUUUUGAACAACUCCAUACAAAACUCCACAAGAUGCGCAAGAAAUGCAAAUCCCAGACGCACGGCGCGACAACGGAAAAAGCGCCGCAUUUUUAAACCAAAGGAAACCUUGAACACUGAUAUAGGAAGUCCAAGAAAGUCGUCAGAUGAUUCCGAGUGGUCCGAAGCCUCGAAUCCACCAACUCCGCAUGCGCAAGAUUUAUCCCCGCUGACCAUAGACACUACUUCACCAACCGCUGAUCAGAAAUCCUCGGGCUAUGCCUCGCUUACAAACAGCGAGACGCCAUCAGAGCCCAGAUCCCCAUCCCCGACCGGUGCGACUUCGCCGAAAAACACUUUCCUGAAAGUAAUUCUCAGAAAUAGCAGCGAGUCGAAGAGGAACAAACGACGACCUCUUAGCACCACUGAAGUGGAAAUAAUUCGUAAAAAAAAUUAUUCACAAACUCUUCCUAAAGAUGAACUAACACGAUCUGUCAGUCGAGACAGCAUUGGAAGUAUGAUUCGUCACAAGUUUGGCAGUUUAAGAAGAAGGCCUAGAUCUAGCGAUGAAAAUCUCGACAAAAACCUCUCUUUAGAAAGACUACAUGAAUGUCGCUCGACUCUAUCGAAAUAUCGCCGACCCACGAGUCCUGGGGACGAUAGUUUUAACGAACUGAACGAGUGUUCGAAAUCAGACAGCGACUUGAUCGAGGAAAAAAAUUCCGAGGGACUUAAUUCCACUUCGAGUACGGAAAGUUGUAACGAAUCACGUGAACAUUUGACAAUGCUGCGUGAAAAAUGUCAUAGCGAUUCCGACGAUUCUACGUCACAUCCCGACAGCCCACUGACGUCGAGGCUCGAAGGUGACGUCAUGAGUAAUAAUAACCAUGACGAAAGCUUACAUGAAACCGACGGAGAGUUGACGAAGAGAAAGUUGCGAAAAAGAAACAGUUUUACAAAUGCUGUGAGAUUUUUCUUUGUUUCCAAAACGAGGUCGUCUUCGAGUAGUCCUGAAAGAGUGAUUGACUGCCGUACCAGCGCUUCAAAAGAUCAACUUCAUAACUCUCAACUCUCGAAAGAAAAAAUAUCGACUGUGUAGCAAAAUGAAAAAAUAUUAUUAAUUAUUACCAAUGAGAUUCCGUGUACAUAAGAAAUGAAUGUUUGUAAAUUAUUUACCAUUAAUAAC